GUUUACGGGAAUGAUGGUUUCGCAAUGUCCUGUCACGAAUACGGGCAAGAUGGUUAUGCUAUGUCCUGUAACAACUACAGGCAUGAUGGUUACGCAAUGUCCUGUCACAACUUUUGGGCAAGAUGGUUAUGCUAUGUCCUGUCAUGACUACGGGCAUGAUGGUUUCCCAAUGUCCUGUCACGACUACAGGCAUGAUAGUUAUGCUAUAUCCUGUCACGACUAAGGGCAAGAUGGUUAUGCUAUGUCCUAUGACGACUACAGGCAUGAUGGUUGUGUAAGACUUUUCGUGGGCACAAUGGUUUUACAAGUUGUCGCAUUUGUGGGCACAGUGGACCGCCACCGAGACCGUCACCUAGACAGUCACCAGAGAAUUGUGAAGAGUCACAAAAAUCCAUCUCCAAGUCAUACAAUAGAUUGAUCCACAUGUUAUCUUCUAGGUUGAGCCAUGAAGUCACAUGACAGUCUGAUGUCCGAAAUGACCGAUCAAAUCCUGAACCUCACCCUGGAGAUCAUCUACCUGCUGACCGGAGAGGAUUACACAGUAGUGAAGAAGACAUCUGGAGAGUGUGUGGCCCCCAGCAGGUCAGGAGGAUGGAGCAGGGCCCGGGGCCCCAUCACGGAGCCUCCACCUCCCUCACUGAUACCUGAGAGGAACAAUGAGCAGAAGAUCCUAGAACUCACCCACAAGAUGAUGGAGCUGCUGACUGGAGAGGUUCCUAUAAGGUGUCAGGAUGUCACUGUCUAUUUCUCCAUGGAGGAGUGGGAGUAUAUAGAAGGACACAAGGAUCUGUACCAGGACAUAGUCAUGAUGGAGGACCACCGGCCCCGAACAUCACCACUGGAUGGAUCCAGGAAGAGGAACCCACCAGAGAGAUGUCCUGCUCCUCUGGAUUCCCAGGAUUGUGCGGAGGAGAAUGUGGACCCCGCAGGAGAUCGGCCCCUCACACCUCUGAGGAAGAGAAGAUUCAGUUAUAGAAAUCCUCCAGAGAGAUGUCCCAGCCCUCGGUCCUCCCAGCAUAGUCCUGAGGACAUUACCCUGCAGUAUUAUCAGGGUGAAGAUUUGAUUGAGAAACCAAUUGAGGUUCUAGAUGGAGAAGAGGAGGCGGAUGGUGAUCACCACUUUACCGAGGUGGAGAUCAUCACCGAUAUUAGUCCAGAUGGAAGCAGAAGCUGGAAUAUCUCCGAGAGACCGGUCAUCGUUCCUCAGGAUUGUGGGACCUACAGUAAUAUGGUCCCAGAAGAUUAUGUAGGAGAUGACUUUGCUGUUCCAGCCCUUGUUCUUCACAGCAUGGAUCCAUCUUCUGAAGCGUCUAGUUACACCAGAUCUUCAGCUUCUCCUACUAAAUCACCUUCUGCUACUGCUCGCCGCAGCAGUAAACUCCAUUAUUGUUCUGAAUGUGGGAAAUACUUUACACGGAGGUCAAAUCUCUUAGCCCAUCAGAGGUAUCACAACGGAGAGAGACCAUUUCCAUGUUUGGAAUGCGGGAAACGGUUUUCAAGAAAAGACAGACUUAUAGCGCAUCAGAGAAUUCACACCGGAGAGAAGCCUUUUGUGUGUCUUGUAUGUGGGAAAUGUUACACCCGGAACGAGUCGCUUAUUGAACACCAGAAAAGUCACUCCCGCCAUAAGCCUUUUUCAUGUUCGGAAUGUGGCCAAAGCUUUAGGUAUGAGACCACUCUUCUGAAUCACCAUCGGACGCACAUGGAGCAGCCAUUGACAUGUCCCGAGUGUGACAGCUGUUUCUUCCAGCAAUCUGAACUGGAGAAACAUCUCGUGGGCCACAGAAUGGAGGCGCCCUCCACCUGUCCUAAUCCCAUGGACCACAGAAUGGAGGCGCCCUCCACCUGUCCUAAUCCCAUGGACCACAGAAUGGAGGCGCCCUCCACCUGUCCUAAUCCCAUGGACCACAGAAUGGAGGCGCCCUCCACCUGUCCUAAUCCCAUGGACCACAGAAUGGAGGCGCCCUCCACCUGUCCUAAUCCCAUGGACCACAGAAUGGAGGCGCCCUCCACCUGUCCUAAUCCCAUGGGCCACAGAAUGGAGGCGCCCUCCACCUGUCCUAAUCCCAUGGACCACAGAAUGGAGGCGCCCUCCACCUGUCCUAAUCCCAUGGGCCACAGAAUGGAGGCGCCCUCCACCUGUCCUAAUCCCAUGGGCCACAGAAUGGAGGCGCCCUCCACCUGUCCUAAUCCCAUGGACCACAGAAUGGAGGCGCCCUCCACCUGUCCUAAUCCCAUGGGCCACAGAAUGGAGGCGCCCUCCACCUGUCCUCAUCCCAUGGACCACAGAAUGGAGGCGCCCUCCACCUGUCCUCAUCCCUUGGACCACAGAAUGGAGGUGCUCUCCGCCUGUCCUCAUUGUGCGAUGACUUUUGUCAGCCGGUCCGAUCUGGAGGAGCACGAGAAGACUCACACCUGGGAGAAACCUUUUUCUUGUUUGAAAUGUGGAAACAUUUUCACCAGAAACGUGAGUCAAGCUGACCCGGGCGGGACACCGUUUUCCUGUCAGGAGUGCGCUAAAUACUCUGCGCCGAAAUCUGUCCGGUCAAAGCAUAAGCGAACUCACCCGGGGGAGAAACCGUUCACGUGUUCUGAAUGCGGAAAAUGCUUUGCCCAAAAAUCUGUUCUUAUCCAGCAUCAGAGAACACACACCGGGGAGAAGCCCUACGCCUGCUCUGAGUGUGGGAAAUGUUUUGCAAAGAAAUCGAAUUUGAUUCCACACAAGAGAACUCAUAAUGGGGAGAGGCCGUUCCCAUGUCUUCAGUGCGGCAAAUCGUUUACCAGGAACGAUCGACUGCUGGCUCAUCAGAGAAUCCACGCGGGAGAGACGGCGUUCCCAUGUCUGGAGUGCGGGGUCUCCUUCUCCUACGCACAUGAACUCAUCCGUCACAAGAAGACUCACCAAGAUACAAAGCCGCUUCUAUGUGCCGAAUGUGGGGAAUGUUUUACCGAGAUAUCGGACCUUCUGCAGCACAAAGCGCUUCAUGAAGGCGACACGACGUACGUCUUCUAGGAAUGGCGUCACACCUCAUCACUUUUAUGGACGGCCUUUUUUCAGCAUGUUGGGCAGAUAUUUUGGAGACGGAAUUUUUAGGGUUAUCUGCAUUUCUUCCCGGUCAGACCAGUCUCCUGUACAAUAUUUAUUAAGAGCAGUAUUACACUAAUAUUAUUUCACGUGGCCAAAUUGUUAUUAAAGUGGGUGUCCGCACCUUUCUUAUUAGAAUAGACCAUCAUUAUCCCGCAGGGGUCAGCAGCGAUGACAUCACACCCGACUCUCCGAUU